AUGACUCUGUGUAAGCCUCAGUCAAAAGGCCCCGACCCCAGCCUCUCAGCCCGGGGUCUCAGGCCCCCAGCCUCUCAGCCUGGGGUCUCAGGCCCCCAGCCUCUCAGCCCGGGGUCUCAGGCCUCCAGCCUCUCAGCCCGGGGUCUCAGGCCCCGACCCCCAGCCUCUCAGCCCCCGGGCUCAGGCCACGCCCCCCAGCCUCUCAGCCCGGGGUCUCAGGCCCCGACCCCAGCCUCUCAGCCCGGGGUCUCAGGCCCCCAGCCUCUCAGCCUGGGGCCCCGCCCCCCAGCCUCUCAGCCCCCGGGCUCAGGCCACGCCCCCCAGCCUCUCAGCCCGGGGUCUCAGGCCCCGCCUCUCAGCCCGGGGUCUCAGGCCACGUCCCCCAGCCUCUCAGCCCGGGGUCUCAGCAACCUCCAUCUACCCAAGUACAUGCAGGAGAACACUCAGGAGAACACUCAGGAGAACACUCAGGAGAACACUCUGGAGAACACUCUGGAGAACACUCUGGAGAACACUCAGGAGAACACUCUGGAGAACACUCUGGAGAACACUCAGGAGAACACUCUGGAGAACACUCAGGAGAACACUCGGGAGAACACUCAGGAGAACACUCAGGAGAACACUCAGGAGACUAAAUUCAACCCUCUGAGGGUUCUGCAGCCGAAGCGUCGCUUGCAGCAGAUGCUCUCAUCCUCAGCCCCGCCCAAGCCGGCACCCGCGGCAACGGCACCAGUAAAGGCGGUGGUAACCACAGCUACCGUGACAGUUCCGGUGCCAGCGCCCCCUGCGUGUGGAACCUUGCUUGGGGUUCUAGCAAGGUCCCAGAUCCAGAGGUUUGUGAAUCUCUGUGGCUGGAGGUUCGACUACUGCAGGUUUAUAGAGCUAGACUACGUUCCCAUGGAAACGGGCUAUAUGGUGUCGAUGCGUCCGACUAAAGGAUGUGCCACCCCAAAGUCUCCUGAGCGCCACUGUCGGCGUACAGUGGCCCCGCCCAGCGGGAGGGAUCCCUAUGGCAACGCCUCCCUCAGCAGUAGCAGCAGCUCCUGCAAGGGCAGCGACUGUAGUCCCACCAAGCGUCAGACUAAGUACACGUCAUGCACAGAUAACCACGGCAUCCGGCCCCCCGCCCCGGAGCAGUACCUCACUCCCCUGCAGCAGAAGGAGGUGUGCAUCCGACACCUGCGGGCGCGCCUCAAAGAGACCAUCAACCGACUGCAGGACAGGGACUCUGAGGUGGAUGCUCUACGUGGGCAGCUCAGCCGCAUGCAGGAGGACUGGCUGGAGGAGGAGUGUCACCGUGUGGAGGCCCAGCUGGCCCUGAAGGAGGCGCGGGGGGAGAUCCAGCAGCUGCAGCAGGCGGUGGACACAGUGCGCUCCAGCCUGGGAGACUGCUCCUCCCACAGCCCCGCCGUCAGCACCUACCUCCAGGAUAUCAACACCCAGAACCACAAGUUGGAGACCCUGCUGCACAGCAUGGAGCAGGCCCAGGCUGGGGCCUCCAAGCUGGGGGGGGGAAGCUGCGGUGGCGGGGGCAGCGGGCCUGGAGGUCCGGGGGAGGGGGGAGGGAGUCCUGGAGGAGGCGGUCUGGGGUCGGUUCUGUCUGGGCCGGGGGGGGCCGGGGGGUCGUGUGAGGGGGGGUCCCCCGCCCGCUCCCUGACUCGCAGCUCUACCUACACCAAGCUGAGCGACCAGGCCGAGCACAUUGAGGACUUCCUGUCCAGCGACGGAGCCCAGGACAGCAGCUUCCUGUGCUGUGGCAAAGGUGGCGCCCCCUGUGGGGCAGAACUGCUGCUGGAGGCGGCCUUCUUGUCCGAGGAGACCGCCACGCUACUCUCCUCCUAUGCCCAGCACCUGCCCCAGCAAGUACCCCAACACCUGCACCUGCCCCAGCAACAACCCCAACACCUGCCCCAACACCCAUCCCAACACCUGCCCCAACACCUGCCCCACUCCUCCACCUGUGAGAAGCUCUGCCCUUCGGAGCACCUGGCGGCCCUGCGCUGCGGUGUGGGGGGGCUGGGGGGGGGCAGCCUGAGCCACCCCUGCCUGUCUCACCACCACCUGUACCUGCACCACCUGAGAGAUGAGGCCAUCCAGACCGAGAGCUGCCCUAACCCCGCCCAGGCCGGCUGCCCCUCCGAUCUGGACACAGUGGCGGAGCAGCGCACCUUCCGCUCGCAGGCCUGCAGCCCCGCCUCCACCUGGCCGUCCGACGAGGAGCUGGACUCCAUCACCAUGACGACCCUCACCGAGCCCGGGGAGGAAGUGAUUCAGGGGGAGGAGGCAGGAGGAGAGGAGCUACCUCACACCACCCAACCCCGAAGCUCCGCCCACCAAGAGGAAGUUACCGGUCACUCAACCGUGAGCGAUGAAGAGCUGGACGCUGCCGGCCCGGUCCAGAGGAACUACUGGAGCCGUCACUUCCUGGUGGACCUGCUGGCGGUGGCAGUGCCGGUGGUGCCCACGCUGGCCUGGCUGUGCCGGGGGAGGGGAGGGGGAGAGGGGCUGCCCGUGUACCACAUGGGCUCCCUGCUGAGAGGGUGCUGCAGUGUGGCGCUGCACUCGCUCCGCAGGGGCGGCGGCCUCCGGCACUACCCUGCUGGGGGCGGGAACCUGGGGGGGACACCCAUCUGA